AUGGAUGAGUAUUUCAGUCCCAUCCACACGUACCAGGUGUGUAACGUGAUGAGUCCCAGUCAGAACAACUGGCUGAGGACAGGCUGGAUCCCUCGUGACGGAGCCAGGAGGAUCUACAUCGAGGUCAAGUUCACCCUCCGGGACUGUAACAGCAUGCCUGGAGUCCUGGGAACCUGCAAGGAGACAUUUAACCUGUACUACUAUGAGUCGGACCGAGCUAUAGGCACGGCCAUCAGAGAGACCCAGUUCACCAAGAUCGAUACCAUCGCUGCUGAUGAGAGCUUUACUGGAGUGGACCUGGGAGUCAGGAGACUCAAACUCAACACAGAAGUGCGGGGUGUGGGCCCCCUCACUAGACGAGGCUUCUACCUGGCCUUCCAGGACAUUGGGGCGUGCAUCGCCCUGACCUCAGUCAGGGUGUACUACAAGCGCUGCUCAGGCGUGGGCCGCAACCUGGCCGUGUUCACUGACGUGGUGACAGGCGCUGACUCCUCCUCCCUGGUGGAGGUCAGGGGUCAGUGUGUGGACCACGCCGAAGAGAGAGACACGCCCAAGAUGUACUGCAGCGCUGAGGGGGAGUGGCUGGUGCCCAUCGGGAGAUGUAUAUGCAGUGCGGGGUUCGAGGAGCACAGGGAGUCCUGCAUCGCGUGUGAGGUGGGUUUCUAUAAGCCAAUGGCAGGUGAUGGGUUGUGUGGGAGGUGUCCUCUACAAAGCCACUCAGAGACCAGAGCUGCCCUCUACUGCCCCUGUGACUCCAGCCACUACAGGGCCCUUACAGACCCCCCUGCUGCACCCUGCACAAGCCCCCCAACAGCUCCAGUAAACAUGAUAUCGUCGGUUAACGGUACGUCAGUGAAUCUGGAGUGGGGGCGACCGCUGGACUCGGGGGGUCGCAGUGACCUGCUGUACAGCGUGCUCUGUCAGAAGUGCUCUGGGGAAGGGGGGCAGUGUGAGGACUGUACAGCAGGGAUGGGUUCAACCAGUGGGGGAGAGGGGAUGGGAGGAGGGGGUGGAGGGACGGUGGACCGCUCUGGGGUGGUCCCGGUGCGGUUUGUUCCCCGGCAGAGCUCGCUGACCGAACCCUGGGUUACCGUUCUAAACCUGGUUGCCCACGCCAACUAUACCUUCCGUAUCCUUGCGAUGAAUGCCGUGACUCACCUAAGCAAUGAGCCAGCGCCCUUCAUAUCUGUCAACAUCACCACGAACCAGGCAGCCCCUUCCCAGGUGAUCGCCAUUCGCCAGGAGAACGCCAGUCAGAACAGCGUCACUCUGCAGUGGCACGAGCCUGACCAGCCCAAUGGAGUCAUACUAGAGUAUGACAUCAAAUACUAUGAGAAGGAUAAGGAGCAGCAAAGUUAUUCCACCCUGAAGGCUAAGGGGACCACGGCCCUGGUGUCUGGCCUGAAGCCUGGUACCAGGUACAUUUUUCAGGUCCGGGCCAGAACCUCAGCAGGCUGCGGACGCUUCAGCCAGAAUGUGGAGAUCCAGACCGGGAAAGCAAUUCCUCUGCGCUACGACACUAUGACCAUCAUCUGGAUCUGUAUGGUCCUGGUCUCUGGCCUGGUCACCUUCCUGGCCAUCGUCAUCUGCAGGAAACGACACUGUGGCUAUAGCAAGGCCUUCCAGGACUCUGAUGAGGAGAAGAUGCACUACCAGAAUGGCCAUGUGUCAUUCCCCGACGUGCGAUUCUACAUCGACCCACACACCUACGAGGACCCUUGCCAGGCCGUCCACGAGUUUGCCCGAGAAAUUGAAGCUUCCAGGAUCAGAAUAGAGAAAAUCAUUGGGUCAGGUGAGUUUGGGGAGGUGUGUUACGGGCAGAUGCGUCUCCCAGGGAAGAGAGACAUUCCGGUGGCUUUGAAGACACUGAAAGCAGGAUACAGUGACAAGCAGAGGAGGGACUUCCUGGCUGAGGCAUCAAUCAUGGCCCAGUUUGACCACCCUAACGUCAUUCACCUGGAGGGAGUGGUCACACGCAGUAAACCAGUCAUGAUCAUCACUGAGUACAUGGAGAAUGGAUCUCUGGACUCUUUCCUGAGGAAACAUGAUGGUCAGUUCACUAUAAUCCAGCUGGUGGGCGUGAUGCGUGGCAUCGCGGCGGGUAUGACCUACCUGGCAGACCUAGGCUACAUCCAUCGUGACCUGGCAGCUCGUAACAUCCUGGUCAACAGCAACAUGGUGUGUAAGGUGUCUGACUUCGGCCUGUCCAGAGUCCUGGAGGACGAUCCUGAUGCAGCAUACACCACCAGCGGUGGUAAGAUUCCAAUCCGCUGGACAGCACCGGAGGCCAUUGCCUACAGGAAGUUCUCCUCUUCCAGUGACGUGUGGAGCUAUGGCGUGGUCAUGUGGGAGGUCAUGUCAUAUGGGGAGAGGCCAUACUGGAACCUCACCAACAGAGAUGUGAUAAAGUCAGUAGAGGAGGGCUACAGGCUACCUGCUCCUAUGGGCUGUUCAGGUGCUCUACACACUCUCAUGCUGGACUGCUGGCAGAAGGACCGCAACGAGAGGCCCCGGUUCUGCCAGAUCGUUACAGUUUUAGACAAGCUGAUCCGGAACCCAGAGCACCUCAAGUCCAUGGACACGCUGUGCAGGUUAGGCACACCUCCCAUGAUGGACAGAAGUAUCCCAGACUUCAGCAGCUGUAGUUCUGUGGAUGAGUGGCUGGACACCAUCAAGAUGGGCCGAUACAAGGACCAUUUUGCUGCAGGAGGCUACCUGACCCUAGGCCACGUCAUAGGCAUGAACCAAGGGGAUAUCCACAGGCUGGGGGUGACACUGAUGGGCCACCAGAAGAAGAUCAUGACCAGUGUACAGCUGAUGCGUGUCCAGGUGCUCAACAGAAGUGUGCCCUCGGUGCACGUAUAA